CUCGAUGACAUCAGCGCUGCUACAGAGGCCCAACUCUCCGGUGUCAAAGACCACAUUCACUUCACCCUUCAGCAAGCAUACUUCAAAUGCGCAUACGAGUGCUUCGAUAGAACCAAAAGUCAAGAGGAGAUAGAUAAUUGUGUGGAAUAUUGCAGCGUACCUGUUCUCAAAGCGCAGUACCUUAUGGAGGAUGAGACGGCUAACCUAGCUGAAAACAUGAGAAUGGCGUUGAUGGUUUGCCAAGAAAAAUUUCUAGGUGCAGAACAUAAGGAAGAUGAUGCCUUGAAGGUCAUGGAAUCAUGUUUGGAGGUGUCGGUUCAACACUUCUCAAAGACAUUACCUCACAUUGUCAGGGAGUUGAAGACCUCUCUUGGCAUCGAAUCAAACGAUUAAGGUGGCACUAAAUACAGAGUUGAAAUUACACGUAUGGUAACGCUGCCUAAAGUAAGACCAGUCUGUCCUUGGCAUGGCUAAGAGACGCACAUAGUAAUUUUUGUUGUUGUAACCUGUAAAUGACUGCCGUGUACUGUAUUUUUAUACGCACUGCAUAAAUAGUAUGGAGUGUUUUCAUGAAAUAUUACUCCUGUUAUGUUGAAGUCCAAUUCCAAAAAAGCAUGGACAAAAAACUGACUACCAAAGAAAUAUAAUUCGAAAGUUGUGAAUGCCAGUGUUAGUUACUUCCUUCGUCCGUAAAACAAAUGACUUGC